AGUAGAAGACAGUAAUGGGAAACCAUACAAGAGUGACCAUGUUUAUUCUAGCAGGUUUGACUGAUGACCCACAAAUGAAAGUUGUACUAUUUAUCUUCCUCCUUCUCACCUACUUGCUAAGCAUCACUGGCAAUUUGAUCAUCAUUACACUCACCCUGGUGGAUCCUCACCUCAAGACCCCCAUGUAUUUUUUCCUUCGGAACUUUUCCUUCUUAGAAAUUACCUAUACUACUACAUGCAUUCCUAAUUUGUUGAUUAUGAUGGCAACUGGGGACAAAACCAUUUCCUAUAGCAGAUGUGCUGCUCAGGUAUUUUUUGUCUUCCUUCUUGGAGCAUCUGAAUUUUACUUGCUGGCAGCAAUGUCCUAUGACCGCUAUGUUGCCAUCUGUAAGCCCCUGCAUUACACAACCAUCAUGAACAGUAAGAUCUGCAUUCAGCUUGUCCUCAGUUGUUGGAUCGCUGGGUUCUUUACCAUCUUUGUACCUCUCCUCUUAGGCCUGCAGCUUGAUUUCUGUGACUCCAACAUCGUUGAUCAUUUCUACUGUGACACAACUGCCCUCAUGCAGAUCUCAUCUUCAGACACACAUCUCAUUGAGACGGUGGGAUUCAUAUCUGCUUCAGUGACUCUCGUGGUCACACUGGUGAUGGUGAUAAUAUCAUAUACCUAUAUUGCAUUAACGAUUCUAAAACUCCCCUCAAGUAAUCAGAGGAAAAAAGCCUUCUCAACCUGUUCGUCUCACAUGAUUGUGAUAUCCCUUUCUUAAGGCAGCUGCAUCUUCAUGUAUGUUAAACCUUCAGUCAAACAAAGAAUAUCUUUUUCCAAGGGAAUUGCACUACUCAAUACCUCUGUAGCACCACUUUUGAACCCUUUUAUCUACAGUUUACGGAACCAACAAGUGAAAAAAGCCUUCAUGAAUAUGACACACAGGGCUGUUUCUUUCUCAAAAAAAUGAAUGUUUGUU